AUGCUUCGGACAUCCACACUUCGAGCUCCGUUGCCUCGGGCAAUAGCUCGUACAUUCACCACCUCCACCUGCCCCGCGAAUGCCGUCAACAUCACGAGCAAAUCUGCCACUCGGGUCCUCAAUUGUUCUCCUUCAUCAUAUAAGCUGAAGAGCUUGCAAUCUUCGUUUCCUCGUCUGCAAAGAAAUUUCCACGCAACUGCAUACAAUAUGUCACAAACAAGAACCGAAUCCGAUGCCUUUGGAAACGUCGAGGUCCCCUCGGACAAAUAUUGGGGAGCGCAGACUGAGCGUUCGUUGGAGAACUUCAAGAUAAACCAGCCUCAAGAUCGCAUGCCUCCUCCAAUUAUCAAGGCUUUUGGUAUUUUGAAGGGCGCAGCUGCAACUGUCAACAUGCAAUUUGGUCUAGACCCAAAGCUCGGAAAGGCUAUUCAAGAAGCUGCCAAGGAAGUGGCAGAUCUUAAGUUGCUCGACCAUUUCCCUCUUGUCGUCUGGCAAACCGGCUCUGGAACCCAGUCAAAUAUGAAUGCUAAUGAGGUUAUCUCGAACCGGGCUAUUGAAAUUUUGGGCGGAACCAUGGGAAGCAAGAAACCAGUUCAUCCUAACGAUCACGUUAACAUGUCAGCUUCCUCAAACGAUACCUUCCCUACUGUUAUGCACAUUGCUGCAGUCCUCGAAAUCGAGAAUGAGCUCCUCCCUGCAACUAAGUCAUUACGAGAUGCUCUCCAAGCUAAAGUUGAUGAAUUUGAGGCAAAGAAUAUUAUUAAGAUUGGACGAACCCAUUUGCAAGAUGCAACUCCUCUUACCCUCGCCCAGGAGUUUUCUGGAUAUGUCGCACAACUUGACUAUGGUAUCGAGCGUGUCGAAUCAUCCUUGCCCCACCUUAGACUCUUAGCGCAAGGAGGAACUGCUGUAGGUACUGGUAUCAACACUUUCAAGGGAUUCGCAGAAGCUAUCGCAGAAGAGGUUACUAAGAUGACCGGAACACAAUUCACCACUGCACCUAACAAAUUCGAAGCUCUUGCAGCUCACGAUGCAAUUGUUCAAGCUUCUGGGUCUCUCACCACCCUCGCCUCAUCCCUCUUCAAGAUUGCCCAAGAUAUCCGAUAUCUUGGAUCCGGUCCUCGAUGUGGCCUCGGCGAGCUUGCUCUUCCAGAAAACGAGCCUGGAAGUUCGAUCAUGCCGGGUAAAGUCAACCCAACCCAAUGCGAGGCCAUUACUAUGGUUUGCGCCCAGGUCAUUGGAAACGGUACUGCUACAACCAUUGGUGGUAUGAACGGCCAGUUUGAAUUGAACGUUUUCAAGCCAUUGGUCAUUAGAAAUUUGUUGCACAGCAUUAGAAUCUUGAGUGACGGAAUGAGAAGCUUUGAGAAGAACUUAGUGGUUGGACUACAAGCCAAUGAGGAGAAGAUUCAAAGUAUCUUGAAAGAAUCUCUCAUGUUAGUCACCUGCCUGAACCCAAAGAUUGGUUACGAUAUGGCUAGCAAAGUGGCCAAGAAUGCCCACAAGAAAGGAUUGACCUUGAAGGAAUCAGCCAUGGAGUUGAAGGCUUUGAGUGAAGAGGAUUUCGAUAAGUUGGUUAGACCGGAGUUGAUGGUUGGACCCGAGGAUUACAAGAAAUAA